ACACAUAGGUAACAAUUAUACAAUGGAAGAAACCUUUUGAUUCGAGAGAGCGUUGUCAAAGUUCACAUUUCUUAUAACAUUUGAUAGUGGUGCCACUAAGGAAAGAAAUAAGUUCUGAGAUUUUUUAAUGUAUUUUUUGGAUAUUCUUCGAUUUCCAUUUUAUAGAAAAAUAUACAUAAUUAAAAUUAAUUUGAGAAGCUAGAUAUCCUAUAUGAGGCCUAAAUAUAUGUACAUGCAUAUAUUAUCUCUAUUAUUAACCAAGGCUUUUACCUAUUGAAUAUUACUAUGUGAAAUUGAAAUAUCUUAUAUAGUUUUCGGAGAUGCCUAUUCGUGCAAUUGAGAUGCUAAUUAAAACACUGUGUGAAGACAAUAUUAGUUAGAAUAAAUUUAUGUUGGUAAUGCCAUUGUGCGACGUUGUAAUUUAUUGUGCAUAGUAAAUGCAAUUGGUUUCCCCGUUUUAGCCGGCGGAAAAAGAUACUGUAUGUUUUAAAGAUUGUUAUUUGUACAAAUGGAAAAACAAUAGUGUACGAAAAUUGAAAAGAUAAGCGGGGUGGGAUUGGACUACUAAAACAAACGGGAACGCCUACUGAAAAAUAGCGACGAGAAAACCUUAAAAGCAAAUCGAACAUCUAGCUUCACAGUCCAAAAUCAAUAUUUGAAUAAAAAAUAGAUUGAAAGUACUCGACAAAAUGUCUGCCACAAUAAAUGACACGCCCACACCACAAGAGAUGACGUCAGCUGCAACAUCGCUGUUGUUACCAACUGCUAUAUGUGGGAGUGAUGGAUUAAGAUCGGAGAUAAAGCAUGAACCUCCCGAAGAUAUUGAUGACCGCCCAGAAAGUAUUUUAAAGUUUAAAAAUGUUUGCAAUAUAAAUCUCAAUGAACGUACGAAUAGUCCUAAAAUCCGUCUUACACCAACAAUUAAGCUGAUGGCCAUCCCAAAUCCGAUAGAUCCCAAACGAAGGUUUGCCUGUCCCUAUGAAAAUUGCACGAAAAGUUAUGGAAAGAGUUCUCAUUUACGUUCACAUUUAACCUGGCAUACUGGAAUCAAACCUUUUGUUUGUUCACAACAAAACUGUGGUAAAGGAUUUACUAGAUCCGAUGAGCUUAAUCGUCACGUCAGAACUCAUACGGGAGAAAAACCGUUUGAAUGUAUACAGUGCACAAAGAAAUUCUCUCGUAGUGACCAUCUAACAAAACACCUUGCUACUCAUGCUAAACAGAUGCAAAAUUGUACUAAAAAAGUACGAUUGCAAGAGGAGGAAAGACGGUCCAAAAAGGGAUGUUUUUUGAACGAAUCAUCGGAUUCUAAAAAUAGCUAUGAUGAUUCAGAGUUUCCUAGCGAAACUGAAGAAUAUAGCAACGGGAUGCAUUUUAUGGCAGCUCUAAUUGAAAAUUGUGGUCAGUCUAAAGAUGUAACGUCUGAUGCGAAAGUUAAACCAGUAGCUGAAAAGCUAACAUCUGAUGGCUUAUUGGGUCACAAACCUAUAAAAAUAAAAUUAGAACGGCCGGAAAAUAGCGAUGAAUACCAUAUAGUGCCACCCGAAACAAACGAACCAAGAACCUCAGAUUUGGUGUCGGAAGAUCAAAUAUCUUCUGAAUUCGUGACACAGACAAUCAAGAAGCAGCAUUCUGAUACGACAGAACAACAUUUAACAAUGCUACCUGUACAGGGAGCAUUUAUGGAUUGGGCCCAACUGGGAAAAGAAACUUUGGAAAAUUUAAUUGAUCCCCACCGUCCUUGUCGGUGUAACCUUUGUAAAAAGUCAUUUAAACGACAGGAUGAUCUCAAUCGUCACCUUCGCACUCACACCGGAGAGAAACCUUUUGUAUGCAUAGAAUGUGAGCGGCGGUUCAUGCGUAGUGAUCAUUUAAAAAAACAUAUUAAAACUCAUACUAAAUUUCGGUAGUUAUAUUAAGCAAAUGGUAAACGUAUGUUAUAUGGAUAAAUAAAUAUAAAUGCAUUAUACUAAAAA